UGCCAUUUCAAAACUAAUCAAAAUACAACAAAUACUCAAGGCUAUCAAAAUUUAAUAUUUAGGUCGUGCUAUUUCUGAGUGAAGCUUCAAAUUUUUUAAUUUUGAUUAAAUAAAAAAACAAAAAAGGAUCCAGAAUGUUUAUUUAUCAUCCUCUAUUUAAUUCCUCAAAACGGGUGUUCCUCUUGGGAUUGUACGGACUGCAGGAAAACUGCCCUAAACUGAUUGAGUUUAAAAACUUUAAGUCUCCAUUUUGUACUAGCACAAAUGGGUGCAAAAAAAACGGAAAACAAGGGAAAAAAAAGUUGAGUUUGAAAAACGUGGAUGUAUCUGGAAAACGGGUAUUUAUGAGAGUUGACUUUAACGUACCAAUGAAGGAGGGUAAAAUAACCAACAACCAACGAAUUGUUGCUGCGCUUCCAAGCAUCAAGUAUGCGUUGGAUAAAAAAUGCAAAUCUUUGGUUUUGGCGUCUCAUCUGGGUCGACCAGAUGGAAAGAAAAAUAAAAAGUUCUCCCUGGAGCCCGUAGCAAAGGAAUUGGAAAGGGUUUUGGGAAAGUCUGUGAAAUUCCUGGACGACUGCGUCAGUGAUCAGACUCUUGAAACUGUAAAAAAUCCACCCGAAGGCAGUGUCUUGUUGUUAGAAAACCUACGCUUUUAUGCGGAGGAAACUGGUAGCAGUAAGGACGAGAACAAGAAAAAGGUAAAAGCUGACCCCAAAAAGGUUAAGGAGUUUCGAGCAAAACUGGCCAAAAUGGGCGAAAUUUACGUUAACGACGCCUUCGGUACUGCCCAUCGAGCUCACAGCUCUAUGAUGGGCGAAUCUUACGAGGUGAGAGCAUCGGGUUUUCUUUUGGAUAAGGAACUGGAAUACUUUGCUAGAGUCCUGGACCACCCAGAAACUCCAUUUCUAGCCAUUUUGGGUGGUGCCAAGAUAGCCGACAAAAUACCUCUGAUUACCAAUCUUCUUAAUAAUGUUCAGUCCAUGAUUAUUGGCGGUGGCAUGGCUUUUACUUUUCUCAAAAUUCAUAAAAAGAUGGAAAUUGGUACAUCCCUUUUCGAUGAAGAAGGGUCCAAAAUGGUGGAAGAUAUCAUCUGCAAAGCGAAGGAAAAGAACGUAAAAAUGAUUUUCCCAGUUGAUUUUGUUAUUGCCAAUCGCAUGGAUAAGCCGAGUGUAGUCGAAACAGUGGAUGUUCGGGAAGGUAUACCCAAUGAUAUGAUGGGAUUGGAUGUUGGCGAGAAAUCUAACGAGAUAUUUGCCGAGGCCAUUUGUGAAUCCAAAACCAUUGUGUGGAAUGGUCCACCGGGACUGUUCGAAGAUGAGAAAUUUGCUAAGGGCACAAAAUCCAUGUUGGCCGCCGUAGUGGGGGCUACAAAACAGGGAGCGACUUCAAUUGUUGGAGGCGGAGACACGGCUACGGCUUGCAAAAAAUUCGGUGGUGCGGAUGAAGUCUCUCAUGUUUCUACUGGCGGAGGAGCAUCUCUUGAAUUGUUGGAAGGAAAGCUUCUUCCGGGAGUGGCUGCACUUUCUGAUGCCUGAAAAGUUCGCACAGACUUUUUGAUAAUGAAUUAACAUUAUAUGUAUGCUGACACAACAUCAGAAUUAUAAAUAACUUUCUAAAAGCCCCAUUUUAAUAUAAACUGAA